AUGACUAUCUCCAGCCGGCAGUCCUUCAAUGUCCUGACGGUCAUCUUCCUCCUACUGUCCACUGCAGCCCUCUCUGCUCAUUACCGAGUGUGUGAACCUUACUCUGACCACAAAGGGCGGUACCACUUUGGCUUUCACUGCCCACGCCUCUCAGACAACAAGACCUAUAUGUUCUGCUGCCACCACAACAACACCGCCUUCAAGUACUGCUGCAACGAGACUGAGUUCCAGUUGGUCAUGCAGGUCAACCUCACCACUACCCCUGAUGGUUAUGCACACAAUAAUUAUACAGCACUGGUCGGUGUGUGGAUCUACGGCUUCUUUGUGAUGGUGCUGCUGGCUCUGGACUUUCUCUACUACUCAGCCAUAAACUACGAGCUGUGCCGGAUCUACCUGGAGAAAUGGGGUCUUGGAGGACGCUGGCUGAAGAAGGCUCGGAGUCAGUGGCACAGGUCCAUGCCGGAGGAGAGCGAAGCCCAGGCUCAAGCGCAGCCCAUGGUCCCCACCCACUUCCAGCCCAGACACAGCCUCAGAGGGGAGAGCCACAGCCCUACACUCCUGCCCUACAACACAUCCACCGCAUGAAUGAUGCUGUGAGUGGAUGAACAGAAGAGUAGCAACACCUGGUUUCCUUACAUGGUACAGAGGAGAUGUUCCCCAGUCACCCCUCUCUGGACCACAAACACAGCAUCACUGGUGGGCUAGCCAUACUGUAGUAGCUAGAAGUGACUACUGCCCCCUUUCUAAUGAGCACAAAAUACCCACAGACUAACAGAAUCAGGCGAAACAGCUGAAGAAAGCCUGGAAAGCCACACAGACGAAUGUAUCGCUGCUUCUACAGAAGGGAGAGAUGGAUGCAUUUAUCUGCUUAUAGGGUUUAACUGAUUCCCUAAAGAAUCUGCCAAGGCCUGGAGUACCCCAAACAAAUCCAAGAUGAACUGGAUAAACUGUACUCGCAAGUGAGAAAGCUUGCCUAUUUAAAGAAAAAAAGAAAAGAAAAAAAAGCUUAUUUCUAGAUAUAACAUGUUUAUUAAACUGCUGUGUCACUUUGUGUUCAGUAGCAGUUAGACACAGUUGUGGGUUAUCUAUUUGGUGAUUUAUUUAUGUGAAGUAGUCAGAGAAAAUAUAUGAGUGGCUAACAAUCUGAUUAUGUAAUGGCUUAGGUUGAUGCUGAGCAUCUCACUUAGAGUAGAAUGUUUUUGUUACCUACUGAAACCAGAAAAAAUGCCUCUGCAGCCACGAUGAAAAACAAACAUCUUAUACAAAAUGUUUUUGGUCUCCUUUCUGCAAAACAAGCGAUUUCUUGAAACAGUGUCAGAAAAGGACGUAAGGCCAUAAAAAUAAACUGCUGAAACUUCAAAACAUGAGGGUUUUCCAUCUUCACACAAGCAUUAAUGAGGAUCAGGGAUGCCUUCAUAACAGCCACAGUCUUUAUGCUAAUUUACACAUAUCCGUAUCCCUUGGCAAAGAGCCUAAAGACCUGAGUGAAACCCUUACUUAUCAAAUUACAAGUUUGUGACAGUUUUCUAUAACAUCACCCACUGACCUAUUUGACCUUCCUCGUUAUUAGGGCUGCCUGAGAUCAGCUUCAUUAGCAAUAUGACGCAAAAUAAUAUCCAUUAGUCUCUUUAUACGAAGUGCUCCAAAUUCCACAUGGGUAACAGGCAACUGUAAGUAACUAGCCAUAACAGAAAAUGUUUCCAAAAGAAAUAUCAGUAAACCCCUUUCACUGUCAGCAAUAAUGUACAGAAGCUUAACCAGAGGAUCACAUGGUAUGUAAAAAUCAGAGUCAGCUAAAUGAGCAAUGGGUAAUCACUGAGGUGUAUCACAGAAUUUUUGGCUCAGUUUGCAUUUAAUAAGACGGUGAUGUCAGUUAAAUGGAGAUAUACUCUUUCUGGAUAAUGAACUCUUUUUUUUGUCAGCUCUGUAAGAAAAAAGACAUGAUUAUCUCUUACUAAAAGAAACUCUUGCACACUUUUUACGUUAACGCUCAGUGUAUUUCAUAGCAAAAACUGUCAAUUAUUAUUUCAAACCGCCACCAGUAUGGUAUUUAUUUAUUUAAAUCUUUGUUUUAUUUAUCCCUCAGAUCUAAAACCAGUGAUUUGGCGAAUGUUAUGGGGAAAAUAAUUAUUUGAUCCCCUGCUGAAAUGAACAGUUUCUAAUUUUUAUAGUAGUUUCAUUUUAACAGAAUCUCAACCAAAAAUCCAUAAAACAAAGACACA